ACUUGGGGAGGAAGCUUUGUGAAGAAAUGCAAAUGUUCAAGUUCUCGAGGCAGACUGAGAAGUUGGGCUGAAAAACUAAAGCCCGACGCGAGCUUUCUCUCUCACAUACAAGGCUGGUUAACAAUCUGCGUUCAGGAUGAAGAUUUACGGAGCUCUGAUCGUGUUUAUGACUCUGUCCGCAGCAUGUGGAUUAAGAUGCUACACAUGCACAGCCGCCGACCCCAGAUCCUGUAUCGACACCAAAUCUUGUCCUGUUAUCUUCAACCGCUGCUUUUCCCUCAGACUAGACGGUUACAACAUGGUUACGAAGGGCUGCCAAACCAGCGUGGCAUGUGUCGGUGCUAUGGCUUGCUGUGAAGGGGAUUUGUGCAACAGUGUCAUGCCAACUGGUCCCAGUGUCUUCCUGCUGCUGGUGUCCUCCGCCAUCCUCGUGAUCUUUCUCUGAGGCUCAGGAAAUGUGCUCAUUUUGAUGCUGCUGAUGCUGCACUUUACUUCUGAUUGAAUUUGUAAAAGUAAAGAAGAAAUAAAACAUUUUUCAGUAUCAGGCUGUGAAUUAAAAAUGUCUCCUGUAUUCUAUACAGCUGUGGACAGACCUGUGAACAUCCUGAAAAGAAGCAUCUUGAAAGAAUCUGUACAUUAAAUGGUUAAAAUGUAGCUGGAGACUGGCUGUUCUUCAGGCUUUCAGUUAGGUGGUGUUGUUGUGACAACUUGUUUGCAUGUUAUUGUGGUUGUGCACAUGGUUGUGUCACUCCCUGUUGUUUCUUGCUGAUUUUAAUUUUUCCCUAUUGAUUUUACUGUGAAGCACUUAGUGAAUUCAUUUCUGUGAAAACUGUUCCAUAAAUAAACUUUGCUUGCUU